AUGGCGCUCCCACUGUAUAUUCCGCGUUGCAUUCACACUCCCGCCAGCCAGUGUCACCUCCCACCGCCUGACAAGCCGCUCAGAAUCCAAAUUGAAGGUCCCUUGAUCGCCAUACAAAGGCUUCUGCCACAUAUCCCAUGGCGUCUGGAUCCUCUAGACCGAACAUUCCCACAACCAGCAGGCCCAGAGCUAGCACGGUUGACGUAUCAAAAAGUAUACGGACGCGAUAUUUCUCCAGAAGUCCCAGGCGAUCUGGUGGUGCGGGAUGAGUACUUGGGCUGGAUGCCAGAGAAGCGUCCGCAGGAGUUGAUUGACUAUUACGGUGUAACAUUUGACCAUCUUGUUCCACCUGAUGAUACCAACCCCGAGGUGUUACAGAUUAACAUUAUUGAGAUUGAGGAUGACAAUGUCAUCUACGGAGUCUACGGUCUGGUGAAGCUCUACCAAAAGCGACAUGCCACCCUUAGCCGCUCAGUUCCCUACUUUGGUCUGAUGGGCGUGGGCGCCUGCUCGGCCGGCUACCAUAUGACCCUGAAAUAUCACACCCAAAUGUCGGAUGAACUAUCAAUGCAUCUACUUGUCACGCCUCUUCUCUACCGGAUCUUUACUUUCCAGACUAGCCUCCAGCACACCAGGCUCAUAGGCAUCCUCUUCCUCACUGAGUUCACUGUUGUGAUGGUGGUUCACAUGGUCAUGAAUGAGUUCCUUCUCCAUGCCGUGACCUUCGGGUUGGGGGUCCUUUUGAUCGCGACACAGACAAUCAAACUGGUCUCCCAGCGGGUCCCGCAUCCUUUCACUCGGAAGAAGCUUCGGAACAUCGGCCUCUUUGGCGUCUGUAGCUUCGUUUUCGGUUACAUGGUCUGGCUGAUUGAUGAGUGGGCUUGCAAUCCCCUGAUUCGCAUCAGACACUCGGUCGGCUUGCCCUUGGCGUUUGUGUUCGAACUGCAUGGAUGGUGGCAUGUCUUCACCGCAAUUGGUGGCUAUAUCGCGGUGGAGGUUGUGGACAUGAUCACAUCGGGUGAGGUUCACGAGGAUCCCACGGAUCAGUUUGCCUGGCCCAUUGCCGAUGUGGCAAGAUUUAUAGGGGGAGCACCAGGGACCAAGAAAUUGAGUUGA